AUGACCACUCCUCCUCUAAACAGUGAUCCCCGAAAGAAGGAAAUCAUGCUUCUGAGUGAAGAUGUCCGUGGGCUUGGAGACUCGGGCACGAGACCUUCGGUACAUAAAUCGGUAAAGGGGUGUUUUCGAGUGAUCUUUCAGGAACGCGAAUCUAAGAUCGGAGCGCGGUACAGUUCUCAAAUAUGUAUCCUGCACAAAAUGGACCUUGAUGGCAUACUCCAUGCCGAGCCAAGUCACCUAUAUGAUUCUUGGGGUUGCGAAGCUACGUCCCGAAGCUCUUGGCCAAAGAAAAUCCAUACUAGCCACAACGUAGUAUUAUUACCCAAUGAGAACCCCUCCAUACCCCACGCUCGCAAGCCACAUCUCUCGGCCCGGAGUAUUACACGCCUACUGCGCGUGAAGUCGCAUCAAAGGAAGAAGGAAAGAAUGGGAGCAAAGAAUGAACAUGUGUUGUAG